UACAGCUUGCAUCUGCGCUCACUUCAUCCGACGUAUCGACCGACUCUGAUCGGUUACGACCAACGCACACGACCAUGUCUUCGGGCAAUCUUCCAUCCUCCAUGGAUAUCGACGAAACCGCGAUCGAUGAGGGUUUGUACUCUCGCCAGCUAUAUGUGCUAGGACAUGAAGCAAUGAAGCGUAUGGCUGCUUCCAAUGUCCUCGUUAUCGGGCUCCAAGGCCUAGGUGUUGAGAUCGCUAAAAACCUGGCUCUCGCGGGUGUCAAGUCAGUGACGAUUUAUGACCCCGAGCCCGUGGCUGUUGCAGACCUCAGUUCCCAAUUCUUUCUGAGGGAAGAAGAUAUCGGCAAGCCUCGCGCAGCAGCGACAGUCGGCCGUCUCGCCGAGUUGAAUGCUUAUGUCCCCGUCCGCGUGCUUGAUGCUCCAUCUGGCCAGGAACUGACGGUGGACCUCAUCAAAGGGUUCCAGGUCGUUGUCUUGUGUGGAGUCCCCCUCAGCAAGCAACUUGAGAUCAAUGAUUGGACCCAUGCCAAUGGCGUGCACUUCAUCUCUGCCGAGACGCGUGGUCUAUUCGGGUCUAUAUUUACUGACUUCGGACCUAAAUUCACUUGUGUCGACCCUACUGGCGAACAACCACUGACAGGAAUGGUAGUUGAAAUAGCCAAGGAUAGGGAGGGUCUUGUGACCACGCUUGACGAGACCCGUCACGGCCUCGAGGAUGGCGAUUUCGUUACGUUUUCUGAGGUCAAGGGCAUGGAGGAAUUGAACGGUUGCGAACCUCGAAAGGUCUCUGUGAAGGGACCUUAUACUUUCACCAUCGGAGACACAUCAAACCUUGGUGAUUACAAGUCUGGCGGUAUCUUUACGCAGGUCAAGAUGCCAAAGAUCAUUGAAUUCAAAUCUCUGCGCGAGUCCAUCAAGUCGCCAGAAUUCUUUGUCACUGACUUCGCCAAGUUCGAGCGUCCUAAGACUCUUCAUGCUGGGUUCCAGGCUCUCGCGGAAUUCCGUGCCCAGCACCUCCGUUCUCCUCGCCCUCGAAAUGCCGAUGAUGCAGCGAUAGUUGUUGAUCUGGCAAAGAAGAUAGAUGCCGACGUGGACGACAAGAUUAUUCGCGAACUAUCCUAUCAAGCAACUGGAGACCUCUCUCCCCUGGCUGCUGUCAUCGGAGGCUUUGUGGCACAGGAGGUUCUGAAAGCUUGCUCGGCCAAGUUCCACCCCAUGGUUCAGCAUUUGUACUUCGAUUCCUUGGAGUCGUUGCCUAAAGAGCUUCCGACGGAAGCCGAUUGCCAGCCCAUCGGAUCUCGAUACGAUGGACAAAUUGCUGUCUUCGGCAAAGCUUUCCAAGAGAAGAUCAGCAGUUUCCGCGUAUUCCUUGUCGGCUCAGGUGCCAUCGGCUGCGAGAUGCUCAAGAAUUGGAGCAUGAUGGGCGUCGGCUCCGGUUCCCGAGGCAUAAUUCAUGUCACCGACUUGGAUACAAUCGAGAAGAGUAACCUCAAUCGCCAGUUCUUGUUCCGGGCUAAGGACCUAGGAAAGUUCAAAUCUGAAGUCGCUGCCGCCGCAGUUGCUGCCAUGAAUCCUGAUCUGCAAGGUCAUAUAUCUUGCAAACAGGAACCUGUGGGCCCAGAUACUGAGAACAUCUACGGCGAUGAAUUCUUUGCGGACAUCGAUUGCGUGACCAAUGCCCUGGAUAACGUAAAAGCACGCGAGUAUAUGGACCGUCGUUGCGUCUUUUAUGAGAAACCUCUCCUCGAGUCUGGGACGCUCGGCACCAAAGGCAACGUCCAAGUCGUCUACCCUCAUCUUACCGAGUCGUACUCGUCGUCUCAAGAUCCUCCGGAGAAAGAAACUCCAUCGUGCACGGUCAAGAACUUCCCCAACGCAAUCCAGCAUACUAUCGAGUGGGCGCGCACGGACUUCGACGAUCUCUUCGUCAAGCCUCCCCAGGCCGUCAACUCGUACCUAUCAGAGCCUAACUACCUUGAGACUACUAUAAAGCAUUCGGGUCAAUCAAAAGAACAACUCGAGCAGAUAGUUUCCUACCUGGUUACCGAACGACCCCUAACCUUCGAGGAGUGCAUUGUCUGGGCACGGUUACAGUUCGAGAAGAAGUACAACAACAACAUUCGACAGCUGCUCUACAGUUUGCCGAAGGAUGCGGUGACGAGCACUGGACAGCCAUUUUGGAGUGGCCCUAAGCGCGCACCUGACCCACUCACCUUCAACUCGAACGAUCCUACGCAUCUGUCAUACAUCAUCGCUGCAGCUAACCUUCGUGCUGCCAAUUACGGAUUGAAGGGGGAGAACGAUCCAAAUCUCUUCAAGAAGGUCGCAGAUUCGGUCAUCGUCCCGGAGUUCACGCCGAAGAGUGGAGUCAGGAUUCAGGUCAACGAGAACGACCCUGCUCAAGAUGCAAGUGGAGGAGCUGACGUCGAUGAAAGUGAACUCGUCAAGAAGUUGCCUGCGCCUUCGUCGCUUGCUGGCUACCGGUUGACUCCCGCUCAUUUUGAAAAGGAUGAUGAUAGUAAUCACCAUAUUGAUUUCAUCACGGCUGCAUCCAAUCUGCGGGCGAUGAACUACAACAUCAAUCCCGCAGACCGGCACACUACGAAACAAAUUGCUGGCAAAAUCAUACCCGCUAUUGCAACGACGACAUCACUCAUCACUGGUCUCGUCUGCCUCGAACUGUACAAGGUCAUCGAUGGCAAGAACAAGCUGGAGGAUUACAAGAAUGGCUUUGUCAACCUCGCGCUUCCCUUCUUCGGUUUCUCGGAACCAAUUGCUGCGAAGAAGAGCAAGUACGGCAACAUUGAUUGGACGUUGUGGGACCGUUUCGACUUCAAAGGUGACCCUACGCUGCAGGAGAUCGUCGACUGGUUCCAGAAGGAACACAAGCUUGACGUUGGCAUGGUCAGCCAGGGCGUCAGCAUGCUGUGGAGCUCCUUCAUCGGCAAGAAGAAGAGCGAAGAGAGGUUGCCGAUGAAGUUUAGCAAACUGGUGGAGCAUGUCAGCAAGAAGCCUAUUCCUCCUCAUGCGAAGCAUCUCAUCGCGGAGGUUAUGGUUUCAGACGAGGAUGGCGAGGACGUCGAUGUCCCAUUCCUCGUCGUGCAUAUCUAGUCGAGUAGAUCUUGUGCGGAGUACUGAUAUCGAUGUAUUUCAUAGUCGGCGUAGAUGGUGUACGAGUGCAAUGUAUUGUCAAUUCUCGGUUUGCG